AUGUCAACCCACCUGACAUCAUCCAGGACCAGCACUUUAUCUGAAAAGCACUGGAGGCACUUAAUGGCACCUGCACCAUAUCCUCCGUCAUCACUCCUAGGCGGCUACAGUGUCAGAGUCAGACCUCCUGACAGGAGACAGAGCCGUAAUGCCAGAUCUAAUUUUGACCAAUUUGACAAUAAUAAGUUAAAGACUGAAAAUUCCAACUUCUUCGUUGGUGACGCCACCCCUUAUACGCGCCACCGCCGGCCGCCGCCAAACACCACCACCAAAAAGGGCUUCUUCACUCUAUCUAUUGAGCUUAUAGGAAAGUUGGAAGUGGUUAUGAUGGCUACUUCUUCAACUCCUUGUUGCCGCUCUUCUUCUUCUUUUGCUCUCAGCAUUAUCAUCCCACCCACAAAACCCUCAACUCUGUCCAAAACCCCUCUUCUCAGAGCCGCCAGAUGGAACCCCUUUUCCCUGUCUUUGCCGUUCCCCAAUUCCUUCUCAUCUACUACUACUACUUCUUCCGGUUGCAGCCGCCAGGGCCGCCUCGUAUCUGCUAUGGCAAGGGGUGGUGGUGGUGGUGGUACCAGUACUAGUAGUAGCAGAAGUAGUAAAAAGGAGCAGCAGCAGAAGAAGAAAGUGGAAGUAGAGGACGAGGAAGUGGAGGAGGAGUUGCCCUGGAUACAGGAGAAGGCGUUGGACUUGGUCGAGUUCACGGGCUCUGUUACCCAAGCCCUGCCCGGGCCUAGAGUUGGGCAGAGCUCCUUGCCCUGGGUCUUGGCUGUUCCUUUGGCUUAUUUAGGGAUCACCUUUGUCUUUGCUUUCGUUAGGACCGUCCGGAAGUUCAAUUCCCCCAGAGAAAAACGUCGUCAAUUGGUAAAUAAAAAUGCUAUGCUAUGCAAAUCAAUAGAUGAGCUAUUUGAGAAGGGAAAAGAUCAAGUCGAUCAAUCAGCUUUGAAGGGUCUGAUGCAGAAGACAGGUUUUGACGUGGAGGAAAUUCUGCGAAAAUAUAUUCGUUAUGUGUUGAAUGAGAAGCCAUUCAACCCAGAUCUGGUAGCAAAUUUGAUUCAACUGAGGAAAGCAUCAGGAUUGGAUGAUUCUCAAAUAGCUGGAGUUCUCAAUGAGAUCUCAAGACGGAUUGUAAAAGAGAAUGGUCCUGUUGUGAUGGAUAUGUCAGGAUAUUCGGAGAAGGGUUUCAAGAGAAAGCUUGCAGUACAAGCUCUGUUUGGGAAGGUUUUUUAUCUGUCUGAGCUGCCUGAGUUCUGUUCAAGGGAUAGCUCGUUAAUUGUCAAAGAAAUAUUUGGAGUUGCAGAUGAGGAUGCAGAAAAGAUCAGGUUACACACAGUUUCAGAAGCUGGGGAUCUGGAUUCGCUGGAGAAAAUGGUUGAUUGGUCAGAAUCUGAAAAUUUUCCAGAUGAAUCAUCCAAUGCGCCCUGAUUCUCACCAAAUAUGCAAAAUUUUGGCAAAUUUGUAAUGGGAUGUAAUGCAAAUGCAGUAGGAUCAAGGAAUGCUCGGAUACUAUAAUGUCUUCGGUACAGUCAUAGUUGGACAUGUUCGAGUUUACUAGUUACCUAGGAUAAAGGAAAUUUUGAUAUGUGAGUCACUGUAGUUCGACAGCUGCAAUUAAUUUUUCUAAAUUAUUCUGCUUGAUCACAUAUUUCUUUGUUA